AUGCUCUCAACUGUUACUUUUUCUACUGACAAAGGAUCUUAUUCUUUCCCAAAAGAAACUUUUCAUCAAUACGUCCAGAAACAAUUCUUGCAAGAAAAGAAGAGUUUUUUGCUUAUUCCCGCACCAAAUGCCAAUGAUUUUGUUCCGGUGGAUGUGGUAAAGCAGAUCGCUGCUGAAUCCGAAGAUAUGCAAAGACAACUCGAUAUUGUAUUUCAAACAAUUCCCGAUCAUAAUGAAAGCUUGAGAGAUUUUCAUUACACUUUUGUAAACAUGCCUGAAAAACCUGAUGAUCAAUUGUUUGAACAAGAUCCAUCUGCAUACAUCAAUGCUCUCGAAUUACUGAGCGAUGACAAACCUGGAUUAUUCGUGAAUGAUAUUGAUGGUGGAAAGUUUCAUUUUGUUUCGCAACGUCACUAUGAUGCACUCGGUGAUUUUGUCAUGAAAUAUGUCCAGGAUGAGUUGUUGAAAAAUAGAUGCAAAUUGGAUGAGUAUUGGUUACCUUUAGAUUCCAAUUUUCCGCAUGAUCAAAUGGUGAACAUUUUCAUGAGUAAGGACGCUCUUACUAAUCCAAACAAAUUGAUGGUAUUGAUUCAAGGAUCUGGAGCUGUUCGUCCUGGACAAUGGGCACGUGCAUUGUGCAUGAACGAUUCUUUGAAAACUGGAACACAAUAUAAUUAUAUUGUUCAAGCAAUGAAGGAAGGAUAUGGAGUCAUUGUUCUGAAUCCGAAUCAAAAUAAUUAUAUUCUUCCUCACAUGGAUGAUCCUAUCAAGUACAAGAAGGAAGGAUACCUUAACAGAAACAAACCUGAACCAUUAGCCAAGAAUGCAAAGCAACCAAUCCUCCACAAUCAAUCACCACCCGAACACACUGUAUACGUUUGGGACAACUUUAUUCAAAAAGCUGCCGCUAAAGACAUUGUUAUUGUUGCCCACUCAGCUGGUGGUUGGUGCACCAUGGAAUUGCUCAAGCAACGCACUCAAUCCACACUUUCUAAGGUCAGAGGUAUUGCUUUCACAGACUCUGUCCAUUCUGUUUAUUCUUCUGAUCCUAAACCAGUUCGUGAUUUCAUUGUCGAUCAUGCUGUUAAUUGGGUUACAAGUGACAAACCAUGUGAUACAGUUGUGAGUAGAAAAAGACAAGGAGCAGCGUGUGAAUGCAGAAGUGCUGGGCAUAUAAAACAUGAGCAUACAUCAGAAUUCUGCAGAGAAGCUGUAUUUCCAUUCCUGCAAGCAAAAAUUCAACAAAACAGCCACUAA